GAGCAAUAACAGGACACAGUCAUUAUCGACCCCAGUAGCUGACAAGCUCACUUGCUGUCUGUCUGUCUAGCAACUAUUUCUAGACAAUUACAAAAUUGAUCAUUUUAGUUGAAAUCUUUCUGAACAGUGUGCAGUAUUACUUGUUCUGCGUGACUGACAUACAUGUACAUGUCAACUAUAUUUUGCAAGGUGACGAUUUCUCAAAUUAAAAGUGUUUUAUAACAUUUUUCUUAAAAUCUUCUAAAUCUGCGUACACAUGCAUGUAUAGAGUUUUACUGUGUACUAAAAGUUAGCGACCCCUGUUUGGUACAGAGUCUCUCCCUACUUCCUGAGUAUAGGAGUGAGAAGUGAUUCUUUCACAGCGGAAGGACGUUCAUGUGUUGAGCACCAUAGAGAAUGGAUUGAUUCAUAUUGUAGAUCAGUUUGCGAGUUGUUUCUUGUGAGAUGCAGCAUACUGUAAGAGUGAUAUCUGAACCUGAACUACAUGCACAUGUAUAGGAUUACGUUGGAUUAUUGUGCAAGUAAAGACUGAUCUAUUGAGGUCAGGAAACAGCUUGUUAUCACUUCCAUUGACAGGACAACUUAGAUCUUACUGGAGCUGGAGAUAAUUUUAAAGAAUAAAAACCUAAAGAGAGGUAAUAACAGUGAAAAGGAGAAGGAAAGAAGAAAAAGAUAUUACAAGUCGCUUGAACACUGGGACAAGCAGAGUGCAAAAGUGGCGAAACGAAAGACAGUCAUGAGCGACAUGUUGGUGUGUUUUACCUGCUGUAUACCCGAACAGCCCCCUCCGAGGAGGCGGAAGAUUGACAGGAGUAUGAUAGGCCUUCCAACAAAUUUCACUCACACUGGGCACAUAGGCUCAGGUGACAUGGCACCAGGAACAGAAAAUAAUCAUUUAAACUCAAUCCAAGUACAAAUGUCAUCGAAAGGUGGUUAUGAACAUCUAUCCCCCAUAGCUGUCGACAGAAAACUAAUAGAUGUUCAAAGAUCAGCAGCAGAUACAACAGAAGAGUGAUGCAAUAUGCACAUCAUAGGACACCUUUAUAUACCUGUACAGUUCGUAUCCUGAAUGGUCUGGUAAAGGCCAAAACUGACUGAGCACUAUUUUUUAAAAUUUGGGAGAGAGCGAGAGAGAGAAGAAUUAUAUAUUACAGCAAUCAAGAUGGUAGAAAAAUUUCUUUAACUUUAUUUUCAUAUUAUUGGUGAUACUGAGAAAUCAUGAAGAGCAACAGAAAUCAAAGUGUGUGUGUGUGUGUGUAAAUAUCUAAAGAAUGAAAUGACUUUCUGUAUCAUUGCUGAAUUCUUGGAAGCAUACGCAAUCAGAGACAAUAGAGGAGUGUAAUUCAGGAUGAUGUGUGUGGAAUUCAUUCAGGAAAUCCAUGAUGGACUUGGAAACCUACCUUGUCAAGCAUCAAGUGGAAUGCUUCCAGCGAUGAUCUGUAUGGAGCCUUUUGACUUCACCUUUUUGGAAAGUGCAUCGAUAUGAUUUUUUUUAAUCUGUGAGCACCUGCCAUUUUGAAGUUGGAACUACCCAUAGUAUAAGAGCAAAGUUGAACAUGAGGCUCACUUGAAACAUCAAAAGUACCAGCAAUAUUGAACUGAACGCAUGUGAUAACAUCAUUCGUUUUUACACAGGAAAUCAAAGUAAAGGUUAUUAACAUAAGACAAAACCAUUAUAUAGAUAUUGCUCUACUUUUAGUCAUCAGGAUAUACAUUGUAAAAUAUAAAACGUAAAUGCCAUGAACAAUGUGUUUCACUGGUAUUGCUGGAAGAAUGUAUGUUUGGAGCGUGAAUAACAUUAACUCAUAAUCCAAAUCCAUCAGGCUUUCAACUAGUUGGUAGAGUCUAAUGAUGGAUAUAAUAUGUAAUGUUUUAUUGGAAACUGGUGGUUAAGUCAUUCUGUCAAUGCUCUGAAUUUUUCUAAAGCUGAUAAAUAUCUUUAAAUUUGUAUUUCUAGCAUACUCCAGCUAUGGCUAACAAUUUGCAUGUUGAAUAUUGAGACAGGAUUUAUAUCAACCACAAAAAGGAUAUAAGGUUAUUAUAAAUUGGUUUAUUGAUUAGCUUAACCUUAUUAAACUGGAGGGGGGGUCACUUUCCUCGACAAAUUUCACCGCUAUGCCGCCACACAAAAUUUUUUGACCGCGCCACUCACUGAUUUGUUACUUUUACGUCUUGUGCAUUUUUUUAGACCAAAUUUGUGAUGCCCGGGUAUGUGGUUACGAAAUUACACAAUAUUUUGUAAGUGCAUAUUGGUCCCAAAAUUGCUUUAAAAAAACGUGAUUAUGUGUUUGAGGUCAAAGCAAAUUGUGUUUGAGGUCAAAGCAAAUUGUGUUUUCAACCAAAAAUUGUAAAUUUAUGAUUAUUUUCACUUAUGUUGGUUUAGAUGGAUUUAUUUUAUCUUGUUUAUGAUCACAAAAGGGUCCCGGACAAAGUUCAUCGAAAAAACAAUAAAAACAAAGGUUUGAAAAAACAAAGAAAUACAUAACAAUUAAAAAACAAUAAGAUACAAAAGAAAUUAAUUAUUUUUCUGCAAUUUUUUUUGUAGAUUUUUGUUAGAAAUGUGUAGAUUUAUGUUCACCAAAAAUUAGCAUUCUACUAGCUAUAUUAAGUGAGUUAAAGAUAAUAACAUACACAAUAAACCAAAAUAAGGGCAAAUUGCAUAUGCUUAUUUGAAUAAUGAAUUGAAAAAUUAUAAGCAAUUAAUUUUUUGAAAAUUGUACUAUACAUUCUUGUAGUUUACAUCCGACUCUAAACGCAUGCUAAUAUUUGCGGCGAUCGCGCUAUCAGUGGCCGAGAUCUGAGGGGUGGUCAAAUUGACCCCCCCCCAUGGAAAGAACUGUAUUGUGGUUUGUUUCUCAAUGAAUAUACCUUUGUAAUAGCAAUAAGAUUAAUAUUAAAUGGCCCAAUUUGUGUUAUGUCAUUUGAUACAUAGAAAUUCAAUAUUCAA